GCUCUGUUCGGCUGCUUCAUCGAGCGGAAGUCUCUAGCCAAUUACCGUUUGUUCGUGGACUCGAGGUUCGUUGUUCUUAGAUUUCCCAGACUCAUCUGUUUCUGCAAUCCAUUUCAAAGUUUCUCUUUUUACUUAAUCCAAGUCAUUCGCGCAUUUCCUAAUUGGUCUGAGGUUUAGGGUUUUAGGGCACAUAGUUUUGUUUGAUUCGGGAGUAAUCGUUGAGAUGCUACGAGUUUGGUAUUCAAGAUGAUUCCUUUUCUCAAGAUAUUGUGGUUUCUUAGCAAAGAAGAUGAGUGGAGUUGGAGAGAAAGCUUCUGGAACAACUAAGACACCUGCUGAUUUCUUGAAAUCUAUCCGUGGUAAACCAGUUGUUGUCAAGCUCAACUCUGGUGUUGAUUAUCGAGGCAUUCUUACUUGUCUUGAUGGAUAUAUGAACAUCGCAAUGGAGCAAACCGAAGAGUAUGUAAAUGGCCAGCUGAAGAACACAUAUGGCGACGCUUUUGUCCGUGGCAACAAUGUUCUUUACAUCAGCACAACAAAGGGGACAUUGUCAGAUGGAGCAUAGCUCUCUUUCAUCACCAUGAAUGUUCAUCUUCUUCUCUACCUCUGGCAUAUGACAAAUGUAGGAUUUGUAGCAACCAGAGUUUAUCACCACUGCAUGAAUUCGACAUGUCUUUUUCUUCCGCAACUCAGUUUGUGUCUAAAUCAUCUCCAAAAUUCUGAGAUAUAGCUAGAUUUUUAUUUGUUAUGAAAUUUUUUUUAAUCACUGUUGGUCUUUGGAGCCUAAUUAUCGUGUUUUGAUGACGCAAUCACUGCGUCACAAUCUGAUGUCAUCUUAACAAUCAUUAAUGUAUUUUUUUUUUCUUUUCUCGUAAUAUUCUUAAUUAUUCUUCGACAGCAAAGGUUUAAAAACUCCUUAUUUCAAUCAUUAAUGUAUUUAUGAUUUGAUCGAAUAACAAUAAUAUAGCUUAUUUUGUUCUA